GAGCAAUGAUGAUGUCAAGGAGCUGGCAGAUCUGCGCUGUUCUCUUACGACCAUGCGUGCUGCACUGCGCUCCUGGGCCAAGUACGUGCCACCGUAUCUGCUCAAGUCGUUGUACAGAUCUGGAGUGGAGGCAACGGUGGGCUUCCACGAGAAUGAGGUCAGCAUCUUCUUCUGUGACAUUGAUGGCUUCCGGGAUAUGUGCCGUGGCCUCCACCCGAAGGCCGUGCUGGACCUCCUGAGCUCCGUCCAUGGGGAGGUUUCCAGCGCGAUUGAGGGCCUCGGCGGGACGUUGCUUGAAUUCAUCGCGGACGAG